AUGAGUGCCGAAGAAAGACUUGCUCUGGAGAGGAGUAAGGCGAUUGAGAAAAAUUUGAAAGAAGAUGGCAUACAAGCCGCUAAGGAUAUUAAAUUGUUGCUAUUGGGUGCAGGAGAAUCAGGCAAAAGCACUAUAGUUAAACAAAUGAAGCUUUUUGUGCAUUUUCACGACAAAGUGCUGAGUUCAUUUUUCUUUAUUGCUUUUUUAGUCACACCUCGUUUGAUUUGUCUAUCUCACUGCAGCAAUCAUCACUUUGAUUCGUAUUGUUUUUUCUUGCACUGCUUAUUCUCUCUGAAGUCGCUGGUGGGUGAUCGUGCUGGCGCGUGCCUUCGUCUGUUCAACCCAUUUCCUCUUAUUCGUAGUCUUCCUCUUUCACUCCUUUUCUUCAUCUCUCCAUUCUUUGGUUUGCCUCCCUUAGCUAAGAUCAACUUUAUCCCUAACAUCACAUAUAUUAAAGAUUGUGAUGAUGAUGAUUCACUACUCCCACCUUUCAUCCAUAAUUUUAUGAAUGGGUCUCUUUUGCUUCGCAGCUCCCCCUCUUAUCCAUUUUGCCUUCAAGCUGUCCCUUUAUCUAUGGCAGAAUCAUAA